CAGAGAAAAUGGAGGUUGAAAUUGUCUCUGAGGAACACAUCAAACCAUCUUUUCCAACACCACCUCAUCUCAGAAGUUUUAAGCUUUCCCUUCUGGAUCAGCUUCUUCCUGUUCCCUAUGCACCAAUCGUCCUCUUCUAUCCUAAUCAUGAUGAUCACUGUGCAAGCCAUAACAUGAUGAAUAUCCCCCAGAGGUUAGAAUUGCUGAAGAAAUCUUUGUCGGAGACCUUAACUCGUUUCUAUCCACUGGCCGGACAGAUCAAAGACGAUCUCUACAUUGAAUGCAAUGAUGAAGGGGCUUAUUUUGUGGAAGCCCAUCUCAACUUUUGUGUCUCUGAAUUUCUCAGGCAACCUGACCUCCUGCUUAUACAUAAGUUCCUUCCAUGCGAACUCGUUUUGAAAGAAUCAGCUGCGGGAACUUUCGUGACAAAUAUUCAAGCGAACGUCUUCAAGUGCGGUGGAAUUGCCAUUGGUUUGUGCAUUUCGCACAAGAUCGUAGAUGGCGCUGCAUUGAGCACCUUUAUCAAGGCAUGGACUACAACAGCCAGGGGAUCUAAAUCUAAUAUUGCAGCAGUAUUCCCCAACUUUGACUCGAGUUCUCUCUUCCCCGCAAGUGAUGAUCUAUGGCUUAGAGAUUCAUCGAUGGCUAUGUGGGGUUCCUUGUUCAGAAAAGGAAAGAGCGUGACAAGGAGAUUUGUGUUUCCUGACUCGGCUACAGCCACCCUUAAGGCACAAGCAACCAGCUCAUACGUGAAACAACCCUCGCGUUUGGAGGUGGUUUCAGCUUUCAUAUGGAAGCAUGCCAUGGCUGCCUCUAGGCAAAACAAUGGUUCCCAAAAGCCUUCUCUGAUGACUCAUUUAGUGAAUCUGCGUAGGAGAAUGACACCCCCAUUGUCUGAGCAUACUAUGGGAAAUCUCCUCUGGAUAGCGGCUGCAGCUCGCUGCAUGGACACAGAUGAGGCAAGCUUGGAGGGCUUGGUGGGUGAGCUACGGGGUGCAAUAUCAAGAAUUGAUGGAGAUUUUGUUCAGAAAAUGCAAGGUGAAGAGAGGAAUUCCAUCAUGUGUGAGACUCUGAGAGGUAUUGGAAAGCUAGGCUCCCAAGAGGAAGCGGACUACUUUGGGUUUAGCAGUUGGUGUAAGUUUGGAUUCUAUGAAGCUGAUUUUGGGUGGGGGAAGCCAAUAUGGGUGAGCAGCAUUGGUUCAAGUGGCACAGUGUUCAUGAAUCUGAUCAUUUUGGUUGACACAAGAUUGGGAGAUGGUAUAGAAGCAUGGGUGACCUUAGAUGAGCCAGAAAUGGCAAGAUUAGAAUCUAAUCCGGAGCUUCUGACAUUUGCUUCCUUAGAUCCCAGUCCUCUAGCGGUUGAUCACUCGAUCGGUUGCUGAUCCAUGAGAACAGUUCUAGCUGACAUGAUGAUGAUGUUUUUUUUUUUCCUUAUCUCGGUAAAUUAAUGAUCAUGAAUACCAAGCCAUCUAUAUUUUAAAAUCAUCUAAUAAAUCUUCAUCAUCAAA